GGAAAUCUAACGCCAUCUUUAUUCUCGUUUUACCGGUGGAGUGGGAACACCGCUCCAGUUGCUAUCACUGCUCUAGCUGGACCUGGUGGCUAGUAGUGUCAAACAUCGCUAUUCUACUGCUCAAAUUCUCUACGUAUCAACGCCACUUUAGCAACAUACCGACAUGGGUGAUCGAGAGGAGUUAGUUUAUCAGGCCAAACUUGCCGAACAGGCAGAGAGAUACGAUGAAAUGGUUGAGUCAAUGAAGAAUGUAGCUGGGAUGGAGGUGGAGCUAACAGUCGAGGAGCGAAAUCUUCUAUCAGUGGCCUACAAGAAUGUCAUUGGGGCAAGGAGAGCAUCCUGGAGGAUAAUCAGUAGUAUUGAGCAGAAGGAGGAGAGUAAAGGUGGGGAAGUCAAAUUGAAAAUGAUCCGGGAGUACAGGCAAACGGUUGAAAAUGAGCUCAAAUCAAUCUGUAAUGACAUCCUCGACGUGUUGGAGAAGUACCUCAUUCCAGCAUCCAGUUCAGGGGAGUCCAAGGUCUUCUACUACAAAAUGAAAGGUGACUACCACCGGUAUCUGGCAGAGUUCGCAACAGGAAACGACAGGAAGGAGGCAGCAGAAAACAGUUUAGUAGCUUACAAAGCUGCUAGUGACAUAGCUAUGACUGAACUGCCACCCACCCAUCCAAUUCGUCUGGGUCUUGCACUUAACUUCUCUGUAUUUUACUAUGAAAUCCUAAACUCUCCAGACCGGGCAUGCAGGUUGGCAAAAGCAGCAUUUGAUGAUGCUAUUGCAGAAUUGGACACAUUGAGUGAAGAGAGUUACAAGGAUUCCACACUCAUCAUGCAGUUGUUACGUGACAACCUGACACUAUGGACUUCAGACAUGCAGGGAGAUGGAGAGGAACAGAACAAAGAAGCGCUGCAAGAUGUGGAGGAUGAGACUCAGUGAGAAAUCACAGCCAAUGUUAGACUCCACCCACCCUCCCACCUACCCACCCUUCCCCCAGUUCCAUCCUCAGUGUCACAGAAGGGAGACACAGAGCCCACCCUCGAGUGGUACUCCUCCACAGCUCAAAUGCCUCCAGGGCCCCUCACUGUUGCCACCUACCCCCCCUUUUUUUUUCUUUCAAGAAUGGUUUGUUUGUUUGUUUGUUUUUUUGGUAUUUCACCCCAUUAUUCAACACAGAAUACCACUCACCGAAAUAAAUAAAAACAUUGUCAGACUUAGGAUUCCCCGUUUUCCCUCUUUCUUUAUUUCUGGUACAAUUUUUUUUAUUUGCUUUUCCUCAACAUUUUUAUCAGUUGCUGGAUAUGUUUUUUUGUUUUUGUUUUGUUUUUGAUUUUUUUUUUUUUCUUAAUGUAAUAUUAAAGAAGAUUAACUUUUAUUACUUAUGUCUACUAUCAUUAGCUAUGGGAGCUGUAAUAUGUCUGUGAUAGUGCAAACAUCAGAUGCAACUUUAAAAAGAAUCAUAAAACCUUUAAAAGGGCAAGUCUGAACAAAGUGCUCUUUCUGUGGUAAAACAAAGUCACUCAGAGGAAGUUGGCAAAUUCUUGAUAUCCAUGUGGAGCAAAUGCUUAACAUUUAUACCGUAGAAGUCAUGUAGUAGUGUUUUGCCGUGUUCUGGACUGUACGUUGUGCUAAAUACUGUAUCACGCAGAAAUGCUGAGUUCAGAUAAUGGCUGCUAUCAGCUCAAACAAAACAAAAAAAAUAAAACGGGGCCUUGUUGCUUUUAAGUCUCAGAAAAAAAAGUCCAUUGGCUGUUGGGAAUGAUUUAGCACCAAAAUGAUUGAUUUUAAACCUGCAUGAGGAUAGACAAAUCUUUUUUUCUUCCCCUCUGUCCCCCACCUCAUUUAUAUAGCUAAUUCUCUCUUUCUUUCUACCUUUCUCCUCUUUUUCAUGUUUAACUUGAAGCUAAUUUGUACUACUGGAUAUCUGACUGGAGCCACAGAUAUAGAAUCUGUAUUGUUCUUACUGAGACACAGCAUGGAAUUAACAUUUAAACUUAAAAUAAAAAUGAAAAAACCUUA